AAGCAUUAUUCUUAUGUCAGCUCUCAAAAAAAUCUCUAUUGGUACACUAAUCAGGAUUUGGGUCUAAUUCGUUCUGCGAUUGGAUCUGUUUAUCUGAAUAUGUUUAGAGGUUGGAUCACUUCUCUCUCGGAGCCUCGAUUUGACAGCAUGGAACAACAUAACAUUGCUUAGGAAUUCCUCUGACCUAUUGCGAUUGUAGCGGACUUCGUUAGAGAAAAGUUGGAUAUCAUGGUAUUACCAGACUGGAAAAGUUGAUCACGGGGAAUGUAAAGGAAUAUUGCUCUUUCAUGUAGCAUUAUUUUUGUGUGACAAUUCAAAUUAGGUAACUUGUGUGAUUUGGGAUAUGGAGAACAUUUCGGAGAGUUCCAACCUAACAGAUUACCGGUGUGCUAUGUCUAGCAGUAGAGGAAAAGCAUAUAUUUGCAUCAUCUCGGAGUUUGCACCGAUGACCGUUUGGUUCGAUCGCUACGUCACUAUUUUCUGGUACUGUGUUGGAAUUACCGGAAAUUCUCUGACUAUUAAAAUAUGGUCCAGACGCGUGAGCAGGCUAAAUAUUUCUGCGCUUUAUUUAAUAGUACUCGCUUUUACAGAUUUGUUUUAUCUUUUUCUGCAUGUAAUCCAAGAACUUAAAUUCGCCUGGGGAGUCCCAAGUAUUGACAUUGCCGGAUGGUGCCAGGUUUACUUUGUGUUUUACAUGUUUGCGAUGUAUAUGAGUCCAUUUCUAAUUCUUGGAUUUACAAUUGAACGGUUUUUGUCAAUUAAAAGUCCUUUCAAAAGUCAAAGGUUUUCCGUAACAAAUCGGGGGCCUCUUGAGAUAUCUGGAAUCACCAUGCUUGCCCUCUUGCUGGCAAUACCUCAAAUGUUUUCGUGGGAAAUAAUACAGGGCGAAUGUCAAGGACCGCAUCAUGACUUUUAUGCCGUUUGGUCCUGGAUUUCAGACAGUCUCGUUUUCGUAAUAUUUCCUGUGACGUCACUUGUUCUUAAUUCUCUAGUGAUGAAAGCAGCAUCUAAGGCCGACAAAAAACGACAAAGUACUUUACCUCUAAAUCGAAGGAAGUCCACACCAGAAAAAUCUGCCCAUCACAAUAAAACAAAGCACAGUCCCUCCACCUUAACGUUAUUGUGUGUGUCAUUUUACAGGAUCAUAACAGUCAUACCGGUGACGAUUGCAUUCGCUCUUCAGGGAGAAUUCAAGCCAGGCAGUUUGGAACUCUCGCUGUCUGAAAUAAAGAACGAUGAUGUGUGGUCCGAUCAUUUUGUGUGGUACAGAGCGAAGAAAGCCGUGGACGAGAUCGGUCUAUCACAAUACAGCUGUAAUAUCUUCAUUUAUUUAAUCACCGCUACUCACUUUCGGCACGAAAUGAAGAGGCUGUUUUAUUUCGUGCCCUUUAUGCGGCCUGAUGCAGGAUUUUCUGGCAGUUUUAACAGAACUUCUAUAGAACUUAGUUUUCUUAGAAAUAAACCAAAGGAUAAAGUCGAUCAGUUAUAAAUGUUCUCGGUUUCUUGAUUCCAGUUCUUCUAAGCUCUACUGAUCAAAUACGUAAUGCAAUGAAAAGGUCUGCGUCUUCCGCCCGUUUGUCUAUUUCUGAACAACUUUUAACCACUUUACCUUUCUGCAGUUUAGUAUAUGUUUAAUAAAAUUUGGUAUAGAAGUAGAAAAUUUUUUUAAAAAAUUAUUAUGUAACGGUAUUAACGAUG